GAGGAUGACCAAGUCUCACAAAGAAACAGACUCUCCUCAGAAACAAACUCAUUCUCCAUCUCCAGAGUACUCAGAAGAGGAUCAAUGGGUGCUCUAGACUCUCUAUCAGACUAUUUCAGUAUGAGCUCCAAACCCAAAAAGAAACGAAAGCCAAUGCAGACAGUUGAUAUCAAGGUGAAAAUGGACUGUGAUGGCUGUGAAAGGAGAGUUAAAAGUGCAGUCUCUAACAUGAAAGGUGCUAAGCAAGUCGAGGUGAACAGGAAGCAAAGCCGGGUGACUGUGACAGGUUAUGUGGAGCCAAACAAGGUUUUAAAGAAGGUGAAGAGCACCGGAAAGAAAGCUGAGAUUUGGCCCUACGUUCCUUAUAAUCUCGUUGCUUAUCCUUACGUUGCCGGAGCUUAUGACAAGAAGGCACCGUCUGGUUACGUCAGGAACGUAGCUCAGGCAGUUUCGAGUGCGCCGGAUGAUCAGUACACCUCUAUGUUCAGCGAUGAGAAUCCUCAUGCUUGCGCCAUCAUGUAGAUCAUAAUUCUAGCUAAUUAUUAGGGAGUGACCGAUGACUAGGACUUGUGUGAUACUGUAUGCGGCCUAAUUUAGCUAGUUCGAUCUUAAUGCUACUACUACUACUACUACAAGUUACUAUCUGCUUUGAGUUUGUAUUUUCUACCAAGUAAUUACAAUAAUCGAUAACUCGAUGUUUUAAUUUUGUGCUU